GACCCUUUUGAAACCAUGCUAAAGUCAUUAUUAAGGUAUGAAUCUCAUGGUGGGAGUGUGAGUGAGAACCACAUGAGGAAAAAAUUAUAUGAAAAUGUUGUAACCAAUAUUCUGCAGAACAAUUUUGUUCUUCUGCUAAAGCUUUCAGAAGAAUUGUUAGAUAAAUGGCUUUCCUACCCGGAGACCCAGCAUGUUCCCCUGACCCAGCAUAUCCUUGGUUUUGCUAUGAAGUCUGUUACUCAAAUGGUAAUGGGUAGUACGUUUGAGGAUGACCAGCAAGUCAUUUGCUUUCGGAAGAAUCAUGUCACAGUUUGUUCUGAGAUUGGAAAAGGCUUUCUAGAUGGUUCCCUUGAUAAAAGUACAACUCAGAGAAAACAAUAUGAAGAUGCCUUUGUGCAGCUGGAAUCUAUUUUAAAGAAAAUCAUCAAAGAACGAAAAGGAAGGACUUUCAGUCAACAUAUUUUCAUUGACACCUUAGUACAGGGGGACCUUAAUGACCAAUAGAUACUUGAAGACAGUAUAUUUUCUCUGACUAGCUGUAUAAUAACUGCAAAAUUGUGUGCUUGGGCAAUCUGUUUUCUAACCACUUCUGAAGAAGUUCAAAAAAAGCUAUAUGAAGAGAUAGACCAUACCAUGUUUUUUGGGAAGAAGCCUGUUACUCCAGAGAAAAUUGAGCAGCUCAGAUACUGUAGACAAGUACUUUGUGAAACUGUUUGGACUGCCAAACUACCCGUUUCUGCUCGCCUUCAAGAUAUAGAAGGAAAAAUUGAUCAAUUUAUUAUUCCUAGAGAGACCCUUGUCCUUUAUGCCCUGCGUAUGGUACUUCAGGAUCCUAGUACUUGGCCAUCACCACACAAGUGUGAUCCAGACCGGUUUGAUGAUGAAUCAGUAAUGAAAACUUUCUCCUUGCUUGGAUUCUCAGGCAAACAGGAAUGUCCAGAGUUGAGGUUUGCAUACAUAGUGACCACGGUACUUUUGAGUGUUUUGGUGAAGAGACUACUGCAUCUAUUUUCUGUGGAGGGACAAGUUAUUGAAACAAAGUUUGAACUGGUAACAUCAUUAAGAUCACUGUCUCAAAGAGAUAUUAAAUUUUAUAUACAUGAAAACUCUGUACCUAUUCUACUUCCUAUUGGUGAUGUGCUGAUUAGACCAGAUGAGGAAGAGAUAGAAAAUACCUUAGAUGUCUUUGUAAGACAGGCAGCAAGCCAGUUUGAUUAUAGUUUGCUGAUCCCUAAACUAGGAUAUUUCAGGAUAACUCUACAAAAUAGUAGUUCACUAGGGAACAUGAGAGCUAGCGGCUGGUCAGCUAUAGAAUCCUUUAAGCUCAAAGGACGUUUUCCCCAAGUAUCAGAUCAGAAGCAUGUUCGAUCUCUUGGGAACAAUUUGUACAACCUUACCUGUUCGCUUUGUGAAAUGUUGAUGAGGGUAUUGACCCCACAAAAAGUAGAGAUAAUUGGGGGAAUUCAUCCACAGCAAGCUGACAAUCCUCCUACAGUGACAGAAGAAAAAGAAUUUGCUCUCUAA